CGCAUGCGCGAGCUGUCCUCCAUUGACGAGCGCAGCUCGAGCCUCAGCUCGCGCCUCAGCUCUUCUCGGGGGCGCGAAGAGCGAUGUGCGCGGACGGAGGGAACCGCGGACACAGCGGCACCGCGCGACGAUCUGCGCGCUUCUCCUUGAUCUAGUGACCAUUUCAGCGCGAGCCGGAGCCUCUGAUGCGCCCGAAUGUUUCCGGCUGGACCCCCGCCCCCUCCCGCUCCCCCCACCGCUAACAUCGGACACUUCGGCUUGAUUUAGCGGGAGACUCGGAGACGCAGUGAGGAGGAAGAGGCAGCGCGAGAGCCGCGCAGGCGUCACUUCAGCACGUUCGCUACGUUCGCGACGAGUUCGCCUCCUUUCUUCACCUCGUCACGCGUGCGAGUCCCCUUGCUGUCGCGUGACGGGCGGCGGAAGGGACGUCACGUGUCCACCUGCUCCGCGCUGAGGCUCCUGUUGGUGUUUCUCUUCUGUGUUUCAUAUUUUAUAUUUAUUUCCUCUGUGUCUGUCAAUGGUCAGCGGGGCUCGUCCGUGGGGGGGGGGUCGGCACAGGGUUGCCUGAGAGUGUGUGUGUGUGUGUGUGUGUGUGUGCGCGCGCGCAGGACCCCCCCCCCGCCCACCACCACCUUCUCGCACACGCAGGCGCGCUCCGACAGCCAUGGAGCGCCAUGAGGAAGCGCGGCUCCGGGUUCGAGCCGUGCAGCCCAUGCCGGGCUACGCGGACCUCGUGUCGCGGACGUACGGCGCCAUGGUGGCGGCGACGCGGGCCUGCGACGACUGCGGCCUCGAGCGCUCUGCGCGCACCCUCCGCGACAACGCCCACCUCACCUGGGCCGAGCUGGGCCUCUUCCUGCUGGGCGCGCUCCUGUGGACGACGGCGCGCCGCACCUUUACCGCCUGCCUCUUCCAGCCUCUCGCUCGGUGGUGUUGCCUUCAGCCCAAAGAUGCAGUGAAGACACCAGAGAGUGCCUGGAAGCUCACCUUCUACACCCUGUCUUGGUCCUACAGCUUCUACUUGCUCUUCUGCACCCACUACUCCUUCUUCCAUGACCCACCUUCUGCCUUCCAUGGCUGGAAGAGUGGCAUGCCAGUGCCCAGAAACAUCGCCAUUGCCUACCUGAUCCAGGGCAGCUUCUAUGGCCAUUCCAUUUAUGCAACCAUUUACAUGGACAUCUGGAGGAAGGACUCGGUUGUCAUGGUCGCACAUCACGUGAUCACCCUGGCGCUGAUCACCUUCUCCUACGCCUUCAGGUAUCACAACAUCGGCAUCCUGGUCCUCUUUCUCCAUGACAUCAGUGACAUUCAGCUGGAGUUCACCAAGCUCAAUGUCUACUUGAAGACCAGAGGAGGGGGCUACCAUGUGGUCAAUGAAGUCAUCUCCAAUGUGGGCUGUGUCACCUUCUGUGUCACCUGGUUCUGGUUCCGUCUUUACUGGUUUCCCCUCAAAGUGCUGUAUGCAACCUGUAUCGGCAGCCUGGAGGCCGUGCCCAAUAUCCCCUUCUACUUCUUCUUCAACGCGCUUCUCUUUGCACUUCUCCUCAUGAACAUCUACUGGUUCCUGUUCAUUGUGCUGUUCGUGGCUAAGGUGCUGACAGGGCAGAUGCGGGAGCUCGGUGACGUGCGUGAGUACGAGGAAGAAGGUGAGCGGAGGAAGGCGUCUGUCCUUGGCAAACACUCGGGGAAAGAGAGGACUCGUGUGCAGAACGGCAUCCUGAAGGACAAACAUCUAUAAAGGGCUCAUUAGUGCCACCUGUGGAGAGCUGUUGUAACUGCAGGAGGCCCAGCUGAGCUACAGCUUAACUGCGAAGUAGAUCAGCAAAAAAAUACCGUAGUCGACUACGAAGUUGUAGUUGUAGUUACUGUUUUAGCUGUUUUAAUAGCACUGUGAAUGUUGUUUUGGUACACCCAUAGCGACUGACCCUGACCAACAGACUCUCGUGAUGCAGCUCAACAUGUGGGAAGGGGUCACUUGUGUUCAGUCAGUGUUUAAGGGCACAGAGAAGAGCUCGAAUGUUGUUUGUGUGUGACGCUCGGCGGUUGUGCUGUGACAAGUAGCCUUAUGUAAAUUUAAUCCGGACAGUGGGUGUCACAGAGAGGUCGCAACCCCUGUCGUCCAGAUGUGUUGUCCUGCGUUUCCGGGUGAAGAGCAGCGGCGCGGGUGCAUGGGGUGCUGCUCCGUGUCACCUUUCACAGCCCGUUUCGCAGGACGAUGCUGGCAUGUUGCAGGCAACUUCACUUUCCCGCUUCUUUUUUCACCAAUAGUGUGGAGCACUGAGCGUGAGGCACCGAGAGGAAAGGGAGACUGUCUACGUGAAGCAGAGCCACGGAGCUGUUCGGGUUGCCUUUUACCUCGUGUCACACAAUUUCUUCAGGUGAAGUCUGUGUCUCCAAAAGAGCCGUACUGGACGGCUGUACUGCGCUUCACUUUCGUGGAGCCUUGAACCAAACGGGGAGGCGAGACGCCGAAAUGAGGUGGACUGCAGUGUGCUACUCAUCUGUCUAUGACCGUGUAGACAAAGCUUAAUCCGUCCGUGGCGUCCUGCAGGAACCCUCAAACUCUGACAGAGUGGUACCACGGUCGCGAAUGCCAUUGCACAGGAGGACAGCACCGAUCUGGGCCUGCGGAGCUUGUCUCCUGGUGCGGGACGUGCGGCAGCGAUCCAUUCAUUGUGCCCUCAGUGUGUUGCUCUUGGCUCCUUCCCUCGGUCUAAAUGCUUCGAACCCGGGCCUGUGCCGACUAACUGCUGCCCUUCUUCAUUUUUGAGCGUGUUAAUUAAGUGUGGUUCUACAGUGCCAGUCAUUCUCUAAAAACCCGCAGUGUCUGCAGUUACACAGCUGUGUUUUGCUGUUUUCAUUAGAUCUCCAGGCAAACGUCGGACCGUUGAGUAAAUAUUUCCGUCUGUCUGCUCUGUGCAACUGAUCACUUGAAUGCGGCAGGUUCUGUAUGACGUUUUCUAAUAAAGUAACUAAUAUUU